AUGUCGUCCGCCAACGAGCCCUUCUACAUCCGGUACUACUCUGGUCACUCGGGUCGCUUCGGCCAUGAGUUCCUGGAGUUCGACUUCCGAGUCGUAGGCGACGGACGCAGCGCCGUCGCACGGUACGCAAACAACUCCAAUUACCGGAAUGACAGUCUCAUUCGCAAAGAGAUGUGUGUGAGUUCCGUCAUCAUCGAGGAGAUCAAGCGCAUUAUCAAGUCGAGCGAGAUCCUCAAGGAAGACGACGGCAAGUGGCCACAGAAAAACAAGGACGGGAGACAAGAGCUCGAAAUCAAGAUGGGCGGCGACCAUAUCAGCUUCGAGACAGCAAAGAUCGGCUCUCUCCACGACGUGACCGAAUCUGCCGACCCCGAGGGUCUGCGGGUUUUCUACUAUCUGGUGCAGGACCUGAAGGCGCUUGUCUUCUCCCUGAUAUCUCUGCACUUCAAGAUCAAGCCCAUCUGA